GUCGAGUGUCACUGGCUUCUCUAAGCUUCCAAUCGAGAUCCGUUUGAUAAUUUGGAAAUUGACGCUACCUGGUCCAAGGAUCCCUCCCAUUUGGCUUAUUGAGGAAUCCGCCAAAAAUAGUGAUGGUAGCUACAGCAUGAUACAUUAUCCCGUCACAAGCGCAGCGCACCCAACACUCCUUGCCGUGAAUCACGAGUCCAGGGCUGAGGUCCUCAAGCGGUACAGCAUCUUCUUUGGAGACAGGGGCUUCUGCAUUUCAUAUGACAAUUCUCAAGAUGCAAUUUAUAUCAAGUCAAGUCUGGCGUGCACAGUUUCGGGUUCCCAAAUUUUCCAGAAUGGACCUCUAACCAUGGCAAAAUACGGAGUCCAGGACAACAGAAUUAGAAAAUUGACUGCUUCUACUCGUUGGGCCAUUCAUUUUGGUACAAAGGAAAGUCUUGAGAUUGAUGAGAUUAUGUUUGUGCCUCAUUAUAGAAAACUCAGCUGGGUAGAAACAAGAAUUCUUGGAGGGUUUCCUGACCAACAAGCAGGCCAUGAUCUGCGCCAGCUAUUGAGGGAAGCUUCACAGGAAAGCGGAAAGUCGUCUUAUGAUGAACCGGUAGUGAGAGUGGUUGAACCGGCAAGUUUUGAGGCUAAGGAAGACCCUUUUUGUGUUCAUCUGAAGAGAGAUGUUAAGGUGGCAAUAACAUUGAAAGAUGCAUUGGGCACAUGA